AUGCUUGAGGACACAACUCGUGUGUUAUCUUGCCUCGUGUACGGCGCUUCAAACUUCAUGAUGGUAUCUAUACCUGUGGACAAACUGGUUUAUGAUUUGAAGGAAAUGGUUCAUAACAAGGGUAAAAACGGCGCUCUUCGUGACACCGAUGUCUCAGAUCUGUUUGUUUGGAAGCUGAAGAAACAGGAAUCCAUAGCACCUGAAGAAAGCCUUGGUGAUCGUGUUUCCUCACAAGGGCGUCUCUCCCUCAUUGCUGUCAAAUUGGACUCGCUCGCUAGGAUAGGUGAUAUCUUUCCAGACCAACCUUCUAAGUUGUGUCUCCACAUUCUAGUGCAGCAUGUGCGUUCCCCCACAGUCUCUCCAAGUACGUCCGUCACGUCUAACAUGUCCAUGUCUGCUAGCGCUUCGUCAACUGGUGAAACUUUUCCUGCCGCUGCCCACAAGCGUACCCUCGAUGAUGUUGGUUCCUAUGAAGAGGGGGGUAAAAGACAUAAAGCGGAUGGUCCAAUUGUGAAUGAUGACCCUUUUGCCCAAUUUGGCUUUAAACAUCUGACCUACGAUGGCACACCAACGGAUUCGGUGUUGCAUUUCCAUAAGAUGUAUUGGGGCAACCCUCUACCCCCGGAGCACCUUUCUCUCCAGAAUAUGGUCCAUCAUCCUAACGAUAUAGAGGACGACGACGGAGAUAAUGGCGACGAUCUCCUUCCCGCGACGCCGCUCCCAAUCAUUCACACCCCGUGGACGCCAGUUUUUAUUCGUGCUGAAUACCUCAGAAUGUAUAAUUGGACCGAAGUCAUGUCCGUGGAGGGCAAGGUAUAUCGUCCGUCUGCUGUUGUUGUCACCGGCCAGCCCGGAAUCGGCAAAAUGUUCUGGGCCUACUACAUCCUACGUCGACGUCUUGGGGAAAAGUCUGCAAUUAUGUGGUAUCAACGAUCCGUGAUCUAUCUCUUCUGUUCUCAAGGGGUCCUCCUCGUCCCUCCCACAUUCACCUUCAGCAAAUUUAGCCCCCCUAUAUGGACCAUCAUUGAUUCCGUUCAAUCACCCUCUGGGAUUCCAACCGAUAUGGUCCCCUUCCCGCCCGGUGUUUUCCCCAUCUAUAUCACCUCCCCUACGCCAGAACGCUGGGCAGGGAUUUCGCAGUCUUGGACCUGCCAUCACCUGGUAAUGAACGCUUGGACGAAGGCGGAGAUCACGAAGGCCUCUGUCCUAUAUUCAAAUCAAUCGCUAGACGACGCGUUAGAGAAGUACGAUUCCUUAGGCCCAACGGCACGCUUCUGCUUCGAGUUGACUCCGGGUGAAAUUGAACGCCACGUCACUGACCGUCUCAUCGCAAUCCGCAACAGCAGUCCCCAUCAUCUCAGACAGCUUUUUACAGCAAGUGGCAGAUUGUCACUUGAUCACCUCUCGCAUAAAAUCUGCCUGAUUCGACGCAAGCGAGGAUCUACACUGGAUGGCGGGACCGCUUCAACUAACUUCAUCUCGGUCAAUGUUAAGCAAGAAGUUGUCCAGAGGCUUGAGGAGUUCAGUGAUGAUCAGCUGCUGGAAAUGUGGCACAACUUUUCGAAGUUUGGGGAUGCUCGGGGAAUGACUGGGCCGAUAUUUGAAGUUUUCGUCCAUCGACGUUUCAAAACGCGUAUUGAUCUGAAUGCUGAGCCGAUGGUUCGGGCGAAACGCGCCAAUUCCCGCUGGUAUGGUUCCUUCGGCACCCAACAACCUCAGGCUGCCACCCUUCAUGGAUUGGCAGAGCAAAACUUUCACCUCCAGUUUGAUGUCGGCACACAUAUCGUCUACGAUGACACUUUACAAAGUGUUCAACCGGACGUCUUCUAUUUGCCCCGAAGCGGCCAACAAGUUGCUCUCGACUCCUUUAUACUCCAUGGAGGCUAUCUCAACAUUUUUCAGUGCACUGGCAGCCAAAAACAUGACAUCAAGACUGGCAUUUAUGAAUUUUUUGAAUCCUGCACUGGACUACCUCCACGACAACACUGGCGUUUCGUGUUUGUCAUACCAGAUGAACUUGACGUGUUCUCUUGUCCUGGUGAUGUUCAGGACAUUGGGUUGUACACAGCUCGCUUUUCAAUGUCAAGGGUCUGA